AUGACUUUGCAAGAGCUAUCUCAGGAUUUAAGAAGACAAGGAAAACUAAAGGUAUUGAAUGUUCCAAGAGCUCUUUACGGGAAAGGAAAAAAUAAUAGACACAAGUGGAGAGGAGAAAAGCCAGUGAGGCGUAGAACUCAGCAGCGCAACAUUAUUAUGCAUUUAUCUGGAAACAAAGGUGAAGCGAAAAGUAUUACAAAGCCAUUAGAAGGUUGGGCUCUCUUUCUCAAUGACGAAAUACUAAAUAAAAUUGAAUAUCAUACAAAUAAAGAAAUUGAAAAAAAAAAACGUAAGAAAUAUAAAGGCUUUCAGGAGGAAGAAGAUGGUGAAGAGAAUAUCACCUCGUCCAGUUUACCAUCAUUUGUAAAACCAGUAUCAUUGGUAGAGUUAAAGGCUUUAAUUGGGCUUUAUUAUCUCGCAGGAGUGUUUUAA